CUUGGUUUGCGUAUACUAUUUGAGAAUCAACUUCCAAGUUCUACGAUGUUCAUACGUUACCUUAUCCUGAAGGCGCUAUGCAUCUCGCUGUGUGUCGCCUCAUCUGCAACCGGCCCCAACGAGGAGGCGGCUCGGGACUUUAUAGAACACGUGUUAAGAAUACCCAAUCCUGACAAGGUAUUGAACUCCGUUCUUGGUCGGCUGGAGAGGAACAGGCAUCAAGCAUUGACGGCAAGGCAACGGCUGUCCGAGGAAAUUGACUGCGAGGAACCAUCAGAGAUAUUACCGGAAUACACCGAAUCUAUACAAGCGUCAAGGGAACGUGAGCUGAGACAACUAGGAGCACAGAAACAUUACCCCAUAUGCCACCUGGAAAGAAAGAUUCGAAGAUUGAAUACAAACGAGUAUGAAUACCGCCCAGCUUACUAUGAGGAGGUCCGUUGUAGUGCAGUGAACAACGAAGAUUUUAGUGGAUCCAAUGAGAUUUGUUCCAGCCUUGGGUUUUCUUGUGUUCAGUGGAACAAAACUAUUCAUUUGACUAGAAGACGAUACUCCAGUGACUGCUGGGAGACCAGAACGAUGGUGAUACCAGCUGGCUGCGAGUGUAUGUGGCCGGUGCAUCGGCUCGGUGACAUGACUUUACACGUUUGAAAAAUACACCUCACUCACAUACU